GAGAGGUGUCAGUUUUACUGAAAUCUGUAGGAGCGCAGAAACAUUUUUUUUGAAGUUUUGAAAAAGUUUGGGAUUUAGCUGGAUCUGAGUCACUGAUAGAAGCUCACCUGUUUUUGAAGACAGACGGUCUGUUGAUCUGGGAGCUGGGAAUAUCCGCCAUUGCUAGCUCCCUGCUUUGUUCAACGGUUUUCAAAAUAAUGACCGAGCUGGAGGCUAGGCCGAAAGCCGGGCCUGGGAAGGCCUCAGGCCUCUGGUCCCCGCUUGGCAGGCUGGUAGCUGUUACCAUGGCAAUGGUCUUCCUCCUCGGAACAGCCGCUGUUACCGUGUGGGCCGUGGUGACUUAUGUGAAGAAAGCAGAAUUCGACCUUUACAAUGUUCAGGUCAAUGCAGACUCCCAUUUGUCAGUGUAUGACCCUGAGGCAGACGUGUGGAGGGUGGUAUGUUCCUCGCAGGUCAAUGACGAUGUCGCACACCUCGCUUGUCAGCAGAUGGGCUUCAUCAGGAUGAUCAGCUCCUCGGAGACCCGCAUCAGAAAGCCCGGCUCAAAUGGGUCCGUUCAGUUUUACUGUGUAGAUCCCCUGCUGCUUCCAACUGCUCAAAUCAUUCAGGACAUUCUGCAACCAUGUGAGUGUAAGAGAUACCUUAUCCUCACAGUACAGUGUCAGGACUGUGGAAGGCGUAAGUUCCUGGGUGACCGUAUUGUGGGUGGGCAGCACGCCAUCCUGGGCAAGUGGCCGUGGCAAGUGAGCCUGCGGUUCGAAGGCAGCCCGAUGUGUGGAGGCUCCAUCAUCACCGAGGACUGGGUGGUCACAGCUGCUCACUGCUUCCCAGAGAGGAACCGUUUUGUCAGUGAGUGGACAGUGUUCACUGGAGCGAUCCGACAGUCCACGAUGGGAAUACACAGCUCGGUUGAUACAAUUGUUUAUCAUUCCGGAUACAAACCUUUCCUGGAUCCCAACGCUGAGGACAACAGUCAUGACAUCGCCUUGUUACAUCUGCACAAUCCUCUCAACUUCUCAGACUACAUCCAGCCAUUAUGUCUCCCUGCCAUUGGACAGAGGCUCAUUGAUGGGACGUUGUGUAGCGUCACGGGGUGGGGUAACACUGAAUAUUAUGGCUAUCAGUCUGACAUCCUUCAGGAAGCUAAGGUCCCCAUUAUGACCAACAGUCAGUGUAACAGUCCUGGCUAUUACCACAACCAGAUCACCACGAGCAUGUUCUGCGCUGGGUACAGCGAGGGAGGGAUUGACGCUUGCCAGGGUGAUAGCGGUGGCCCCCUGGUCUGUGAGGACACUCUCUCCAAUCGAACGCGAUGGCGCCUGUGUGGGAUUGUGAGUUGGGGUACGGGCUGUGCCAUGGCAAACAAACCUGGUGUUUACAGUCGUGUCACCCGCUACCAGCAGUGGAUUUACCGGGCCAUGCAGGUCUACAGGAACUCCGGAGGGAUUCACAGUCUGGAUUGAAGGAACGUUUGUAAAAGUAGGGUCUUGGGGGUGGGGGAAGCACUUGUCCAGGGAUGUCUCGGUGCGAUGGGAAGAUUCUGACCUUCAGCAAUAUUUUUUUCAUAUUUUGGGGAAAUGAAUGUACCUUUUUUUUAAAUGAGUCCAAAAAUCCCAUGAUGACUGGAGCAGUGUUUUAGGAGGGGCACACUGACUGACAAAUGUUCGCACUCUAAUCUUGAGCUGAGGUUACAGUUUUCCAGGGAAUGCGCCAUGUUAGGAAUUGAGUCAGACUUUGAUCGCUAUUGCUGCCUUUUGAGACGGUGUUCAGAUGUGUUUUCAUGUGUCUGGCCCCUCUGUCAAAAGAUUUGAGAUUUAUUUUGAGGGAUUGCUGAGGGACUUUCUGUUCUGGCAUAAGUUUAUUUAUGAAACUGUUGGUCCCUUUCUAAUCCCACUCUCCCCCCUCACUCCCCCCUCCCUUUAAUAUCCCACCCAGUCUAAUCCCACACUCCUCCCCCCCCACUCCCCCCUCCCUUUAAUAUCCCACCCAGUCUAAUCCCACUCU